AUGCGGCAGAGAAGCAGCAGGCCUGUAUGUCGCAUGUGGCAGAUGGGCCGCUGCCACCUGAGCAGUAUCCAGUGCGACUUCCGCCAUGCUGAUCCUAGCGUGACUGCGCAACCCAUGCUUGCUGAGGCGUUUGUCCCCCAAACUCGUUCUUCUGAUACUCGCUGGGAGUUUGGCAACCAUGCUGUCCACAGAGACAGACAGCCUCUGCAGGAGAUUGUGCUUCCUGCUUCUUUGACAUCGACUCAGGAGUAUGAGCAAGACGGUCAGAGUGCUCAAGAUGACGCUGGUCAGAGCACUUGGGGGAGUCCUAGAAGCAGUCCACAGCGUUGGUCUAGGGCCAACCCUGCUGGAGGAAGGCAGACCAGUACAUCUCGUAAGUUGCCUCUUUGCCUUCUCAAGCCCGAGCAUUGA